AUGUCUUCACAACCUCAAUUAUUAGCUGCUCCAGCUACUCUAGGUCCUCCAUCUAGGCCGCCAAAUGGUCAAGUUGUACACGGACCAGGUCCUCAGGUUGUUACUAACGGUAAUGGAUUACCUCCUCCACCCCCUCCACCUCCUGGUCAACCAGGUGGUCCAGGUGCAGGACCAGCUCCCGGCCAGCCAAUAGCGAGAAUCCAACCAUCCCCUGGUAAUCAACCUCCCCUUCCACCUCCACCUCCACCUGCUCAGACCAAUGGAGGUCCUGUAGAUAACGUGUUUCAGAAGUUGCAGGCUCAAAAUGUCGAAACUUGGCUACAGGUCGGAAAAGUGGCUGAAUCAAUGGGCGAAUACGACCGUGCCAUUACUUAUUAUGAAUCGGCUUUGAAGCACAAUCCUUAUUCGAUUCCCGUUCUUACUGCUAUUGCAAACCUGUAUCGAAGUCGAGAAUUAUUUGCCAAGGCCAUUGACUAUUAUCAAAACAUCUUGUCCAUUGCCCAAGAUUCUGGCGAUACUUGGGGUUCUUUGGGCCAUUGUUUCUUGAUGAUGGAUGACCUUCAAAAGGCAUAUAGCGCGUAUCAACAGGCUCUGUAUCACCUUCGAGACCCCAAGGAUCCUAAAUUAUGGUAUGGAAUUGGUAUUUUAUACGAUCGAUAUGGUUCGCUCGAGUAUGCUGAAGAGGCAUUUUCCCAGGUCAUGGAUAUGGACCCUAAUUUCGACAAAGCAAAUGAGAUUUACUUCCGUCUCGGUAUAAUAUACAAACAGCAGUUCAAGUACCCUCAGUCUUUGGAUUGUUUCAGAUACAUUCUGUCCAACCCUCCUAGACCUUUGACUGAGAUUGACAUUUGGUUUCAAAUUGGUCAUGUCCAUGAGCAACAAAAGGAGUAUCAAUUGGCAAAAGAGGCAUAUGAGCGAGUUCUAAUUGAAAACCCUGCACAUGCCAAGGUACUUCAACAACUUGGUUGGUUGUAUCAUCAACCUAAUUCAUCGUUUACCAACCAAGACCAUGCCAUCUCGUACUUGACCAAGUCUCUCGAAGCAGAUGCGAAUGAUGCUCAGUCGUGGUAUUUAUUGGGAAGAUGUUAUAUGGCUCAACAAAAGUAUAAUAAAGCUUAUGAGGCGUAUCAACAAGCUGUUUACAGAGAUGGUCGUAAUCCUACAUUCUGGUGCUCAAUCGGUGUGUUGUAUUAUCAGAUUAAUCAGUAUCGUGAUGCUCUGGAUGCCUACUCACGUGCUAUUCGAUUGAAUCCAUAUAUUUCAGAAGUGUGGUAUGAUCUCGGUACAUUAUAUGAAUCGUGUAAUAACCAAAUCGCUGAUGCUCUUGAUGCAUAUCAACGGGCAGCUGAACUGGAUCCUCAUAAUACACAUAUUCAAGCAAGAUUGGAUCAGUUGCGUGCUUCACAAAAUGGAGGAGGUCCUGUUUCACAUCCAUUACCUCCUAGACCUCAGGACGUCAAUCCUCAGAGCUAUCAACAGGGUCCUCCCAGUGCUAUUUGGGACAUGCAACAACAACAGCAGCAAGCUGCCCAACAGCAACAACAGCAACAACAGCAGCAGCAACAACAACAACAACAACAACAACAGCAGCAACAACAGCAGCAGCAGCAGCAACAACAACAAAGACAGGCACAAGCACAGGCUCAAGCUCAAGCACAAGCUCAAGCACAAGCACAGGCUCAAGCACAAGCUCAGGCACAAGCACAAGCACAAGCCCAAGCACAGGCACAGGCUCAAGCACAGGCACAAGCUCAACAGCAACAUGCCCAAGUUCAGGCCCAACAACAUGCCCAAGCUCAAGCUCAGCAACAUGGUCAAGCGCAACAGCCACCUCAACCAGGUCAUCCACAUCAUUCACACCCAUCUCAAGCACCAUCUGAUGCCCACCGACUGCCUCCUCAACAACAGCAGCCACCACCUCCACAACAGCAACAGCAAGGACAAUUACCACCUCCUUCGCAACACCUGUCAGGACCACCACCACCUAUCGGAUCGGCACCUCAACCAUCGUUCCAACCAACACCACCAGUACAGGGUCAUCAGUUACCCCCUCCUCAAUUACAACAACAACAGCAACAACCUCAACCAGGACAGCCAAAUGGGCAACCUCAACAACAGCAACAGCCAUUAGGUCCACCAGGCAGUCUGUUACAGUCCAAACCACCCCAACCAUCAAAUCUUAAUGGGAGUACUGAAGGCAAUGAGUCACAACAGCCCAUUACCAUGGCACCAAUAAACCAUGGUACAGCCAGCGCGCCGUCAAAUGAUCAGCAGCAACAACAAUCUCUACCAAGAUUGGCUACUGUGAAAAACUCGCCAGACCAUCAGUCAGUUGGUUUAGCUCCUAUUGGCGUACGUGAUGGUAUUGAAUCAACAGGAAAUACCAUUCCCUCGAUUGUGAGCUCAGGUGGUGGUCCAGGUAGUGGUACUAUAUCAGUUGGUCCUCCACCAGCAUCGACAGCCAAUGAGCCUUCAUCGGUGGGUAUAAAGCGAUCAGGCGAAUUUGAUCAUAGUCAGGAGAAUAACAAACGUCCAGCUCUUGAAGGAAUUAACCAGCCAGUUGCAUCUCAACCAGUUCAACAAACACCACCAACAGCAAUUGCUUCUGUUGUUGGUGCUGGUGCACCAACGGCAGCAGUUACGCCAGUUCCUUCUAAUUCAGCAGGAGCAGACGAGGGACGCAAUCCUGAUGAGCCACUUGAAGCUCCACAACGAAAUGUUGAUGAAGACUCUGAUUAUGAUGCAGCCGAUGAGCCAGCCAGCAAGUCUGCUGCUGCUAAUGCUUCAUCAACAGCAGCCCCUGUAUCAAGCGAGGUUGCUGGCAGCAAUAAUGGGUCUGUUAAUGGAUCCAGUGAGCCAGCUAAGGACGUUAAGCCACAUACAAGCGAGGAAGGAAAGUUGGCUGAGCCAUCAGUGCCAAGUCAACCAUCCGAGGCUACUACUACAGCAGCUACACCAGCCACGACAACCUCAGCUCCUUCGACAGCCGAUACACCAGCUCCGGAGUCCAAGCCUAAUGACGAUACAAAACCAGCCAGCGAGGCCACGACAACAGCUGCUGCGACUCCCUCGACAUAA